AUGCCGCCUACAAAAUCCAUAUACGACGAGCGUGUAGAGUUAUUGGAUGAACUUAUGGAUUUGCCAUUAAAGGGUUUCCCUGAUAUUGACGCUACACCAAGCUCUGGGAUUACUUCUCUUCCUACACCACAUGCAAACGAGCAUCCUGCCCUUGAAGAUUCUGUACAACCUCCUCGUCAUGAAACUGCUCAUUCCGAGCAUCAACACAUUAUCUAUCCAGCUGCUCCUCUUAUUAAGGAUUUAGACUCUUUCACUGAAGGGACAGGCGGCAGCUUUGACUUUCUCAUGGACGAGAACUCCUUCGAAACUGCUCAUCCUUUGAAUUCAUUGUCCCUCUCUCUUCUGCCUCCCCAAGUAUCUUUGUCAAUAGAGUCGUGGAGGGAAGAUGUCUACCACAACUCCCCCGACUCGUCACAGUUUUCAUCACGGACUGAGGAACCCGUCGACUCUGAUUCCUCGUCAUCGGAUACAUCUUCAUCUCAUUUCAAACGACCUCGGUCCGUCGCUUCUGACGACGUUGCCAGGCGAACGAAGCCUAGGGCCCAAUCUAUGUCGUCCUCACCGUACACGACCAUCACGCAAUUUUAUCGCGGUGUCGAACCUCCGACCGCCGAUGUCCGGCCCUUCGUUCGUCCCCAGUUGCGACGAACACGUUCUCUCCCCCUUCGGCCAGACUGA